AACGAAGUUCAUCGUAUUUUACGACUUUGAACAUCAACGAGAGCUCACAAAAGCUAUGAACUUGCUAAGCUUGUCGAAGAUAAAUGACGUAAUUUUUGUUCGAUCGGACUCACUAACAAUACACCACAAAAUGGCAUAUCAAGAGGAGGUCAACGUUCGUUACGGCGAAAUCCCUUUUGAGGAGCUAUUCGUUGAUCCUGUUAGCAAUAUGAGUGGACACAACUUCCAGGUUUCGUCAUCAUUUCCAGUACUAAAUGAGCGGGUUGGAAUCAACCAAUACUACACGGAGAUGUUCAUUGAAACGAUGCACAGACUUGGAGGGAACGUCCAUUUGAGGAGAAUUAACUGUCACGUUAGUCAAUCGUCUACUAGUUGCAGUCGUAGUAUAUUCUACUAUAACUCUACGACCCCGUAUGACUUUUGCACAGAUAUGUUAACGUUUAACUUCUUACAGAACAUUUACCACAUGCACUCUAUAAUUCCAAACGCGAUGGUCAUUGGUGCUCCAAGUGGACGACGAUUAACCGCGUACGAGGUAUUCACGAUCCCAUUCAAACCUGAUCUCUGGAUUGGACUGUUGUCCUUUUUGCUGAUUUGUACUGUCCUGAUGUUUGUUUUUCCAACUCUUUUCGCUAACAAUCUGAUCCUGCUACCCAUCUGUGGAUUUGAUCGCAAAAAGUUUCACCUCGUAUCGCCGCUGGAAAAAACUGUCCUUCUCACAUUGAUCGUGAACUUUUUCAUACUCCUUAAUGCUUAUGGAGCAAAGAUCAUUGCUUUCAUGACGGAGUUCCCAUAUGCACCAGAUCCCAGAACGCUCGAUGAUCUUCUCCGUAACGGGAUUACAAUCCGACAUUUUGCUGACGGUUGGGCCAGACAGAUGAUUGAGGAAUAUCCACGGAUGGAGCCACUCUUCUCCAAAUUACCCUUAUCAGCAGAGUGGAAUUUUCAGAAAAACGCCUACAUAAGUGACCAAUAUUUCAUGAGAUACUUCGUCAGUAGGUCCGAUAACUACGAUUCGAUCUCGGGUGGACCUCGGUACAUCAUUUUGAGAGAGUUUACUUUGGGCAAUAUGAUUCAGAGCUUUUUCACCGGCUACCGUAACCCGUUGGUUGCAAAGCUCGAGCAAUCAGAAAUGUGGCACUUAGAAGCAGGUUUGUUUGAACUAUACGUCCGAGAGUUAACCAACAAGGAAUUUAGUAUUCGCCAGUCACGCUUUUCGUUGCUAAGUGGUGUAGAUGUAGGAAUAGCUGAGCUGGAACCGGCGUGGUACAUUUUGGCUAUUGGUUGGGGAACAUCCUUAGCUGUGUUGGUAUUGGAAAUCACAUUCAAGUUUAUAUGGAAGAUGUAUGAACAGAUCAAAACCGUCAUAUCACAGGAGUCUUUUGAACCGUCCAAAAUUUUGCUAUUAAUUUUCAGUCAUACUGUUAACUUUAUCCUUAUAAUACUAUGGAUUGUAUGGAGAUUCUUUAAAAAGUCAUAUAUUGUACACUGAGUUACAUUUCCUUGUGAGCUACGUAUACAAUGAGAAAAAAAUCUGGACUUU